AUGUCAGUAAUCAAUGGGGAUAAUGUGGUAGGAAGAAAUAUAGGAGAAGCUGUUGAUAAUGUUGCAGGAUAUGAUGAUAAUGACAAAAGGGAAAAACGUAUUCCUGAAAAAGCAAAAAUAUUUCAUUCGCCCAAUAUUGAAAGAAUUGUUAAGGUUGGGGAAAAGCUGACUAAGGAUGAAACAGGGAUAUGCAAUUCAGUUUUUGCAUCUAAAAGAGAUGAUGGAUUGAUUUUAUACAUAAUUUUUGUCACAGGGAUGAGAUUUGGGACAUUGGAACAGACAGAAGAUAUAUUGAAUGAGCUAAAGUCGGAAGAUAUGAAAUAUAGGCUUUUUGCUACUUUAUUGCGAAUCUACACUAAGAAAUUUGAUGUGAAGCUAAGUUUUAGAGAUGUUGCACUUGUUUUCUUCCCAAUAGUUGAUGAUGGAAAGUAUUACUUACUCAUAUUUGAUCUGAGAUCAAGUUUGUACUACAUAGUAGAUCAUGUGAAGAGAACAAGAACUUUGGAAAGAAAGUAUGGCAUGAUACUAAACCUGGUGAAAAAACUGUUUUGCAACUACUUGACAUCACAACAUCAUCCAAUGGCAAAAACGUUAACUUUUAAAGCGGGACGGGUGAUGAACAUAUCUUGGCUAGUCGAAAAAGCUGGAACAGAAUAUGGAAUAUACCUCAUGAGGCAUAUGGAAAGUUACAUGGGGGAAAAUGAAGGGCGUUGGGAGUGUGGUCUUACAGGUAAAAUGUCUGCUGAUGUGAGUGCUACAAUUAAGUUAAGGACGAAAUACAUGGCAAGAUUGUUGACAGCUGAGUUCAAUAAGUUCAAGACUAUGAUAGUUAAAGAUUUUGAAGUGUUUCGUAAGCUUGAUAUUUUGGAACAAGAUAUGCUUAUAAGAGAUUCAGCUGAAAACAGGAAGAAAAAAAGAAAAACAAAGGGUCGUAGGUAA